UAUCGAUAGAGACAGCGUGUUGAUAAGGAGACUCCGCUUCUACUUCCAGUAACUACACAGAUAGACGAGCGACCAGAGCUCAGCGGUUCCAGACCAUAGUCUGUUUCACCCGGGUCAGACCUGCGCACCCACUUGUUGAGUUCACACAACAGUCCGCCGUCGGUCUAUUUAAAGAGGCUACGCUAUGGCACGCGCUCUGGUCAGACGGGAGUCAGUGGAAACGGAGAUGCACAAGUCCGAGGACAAAGCAAAGACCUUCGUCUACACCAAGAAGCGAGGCUACGAUGUUACCCGGACCCCCCCUUUGAACAAGGGCUUGGCGUUCUCCCUGGAGGAGCGUCUCCAGCUGGGGAUCCACGGCCUGCUGCCUCCCUGCUUCAACAGCCAGGACGUCCAGCUGCUCCGGGUGCUCAAGAACUACGACAUGAAGAGGGACGAUCUGGACAGAUAUGUGUUUCUGAUGGGACUCCAGGACCGCAACGAGAAGCUGUUCUAUCGGGUGCUAGCGUCAGACAUCGAAAGGUUCAUGCCCAUCAUCUACACCCCCACCGUGGGCCUGGCCUGCCAGCAGUAUGGCCUGAUAUUCAGAAGGCCCAGGGGGCUGUUCAUCACCAUUCAUGACCGAGGCCACAUCUCUACGAUUCUCCAGAACUGGCCCGGAAAGGACGUCAGGGCGGUGUGCGUGACGGACGGAGAGAGGAUCCUGGGGCUGGGAGACCUGGGCUGCUGUGGCAUGGGCAUCCCAGUGGGCAAGCUGGCCCUUUACACAGCCUGUGGAGGUGUGCCGCCACAGCAGUGCCUGCCUGUCAUGCUGGAUGUGGGCACAGACAAUGAGACGCUGCUGAAGGACCCUCUCUACAUUGGGCUGAGACAUAAGCGAGUGCGAGGCCAGGCCUAUGAUAACCUGCUGGAUGAAUUUAUGAAGGCUGUGUCAGACAGGUAUGGAAUGCACUGUCUGAUUCAAUUUGAGGACUUUGCAAAUGUUAAUGCUUUCCGGCUCCUGAGCAAGUACCGCAACAAGUACUGCACAUUCAACGAUGACAUCCAAGGUACUGCUGCGGUGGCAGUAGCUGGACUCCUGGCGGCUCUCCGCAUCACCAAGAGCAGUAUGUGCGACCACACCAUUGUGUUCCAAGGUGCAGGGGAGGCAGCGAUGGGGAUUGCUGAGCUGAUCGCCAUGGCCAUGGAGAAGGAGGGACUCGCUAAGGAAAAGUGUUUGAAAAAGAUCUGGAUGGUUGAUUCCAAGGGCCUCAUUGUCAAGGGCCGAGACCAUCUGACCUACGAGAAGGAGAGGUUUGCUCAUGAGCAUCCAGAGAUGAAGAGACUGGAGGAUGUGAUCCGGGAACUGAAACCCACAGCUAUCAUUGGUGUGGCAGCUAUAGCUGGAGCCUUCAGCGAGCAGAUCAUCACAGACAUGGCUUCCUUCAAUGAACGCCCAAUCAUCUUUGCCCUCAGCAACCCUACCAGCAAAGCAGAAUGCACUGCUGAGCAGUGUUACACACUCACAGAGGGACGGGGCAUCUUUGCCAGUGGCAGCCCAUUUGACCCCGUCACCCUGUCCAAUGGGAGGACGUUCUACCCUGGUCAGGGAAACAACUCCUACAUCUUCCCCGGUGUGGGCCUGAGUGUCACCGUCGCUGGCAUCCAAAAUAUUACAGAGGGAAUCUUCCUUGCUGCAGCAGAGGCGCUUGCUCACCUGGUGACGGAGAAAGACCUGGCGGAGGGGAGGUUGUACCCUCCGCUGACCUCCAUCAGGGACGUCUCUCUCAAACUGGCUGUAAAGGUCAUGGAGUAUGCCUACGAGCACAACAUGGCGACACUUUACCCGGAGCCGUCCGACAAAGAAGCUUAUUUGCACUCACUUACCUAUAGCACUGAUUAUGAUGAGUUUGCUGUGGAUUCGUACAGCUGGCCAGAGGACAGCAUGGUGAUGCAGUCAUGCAAACUUUAAAAACACUGGACAGAAAGACGGAAUGAGCGCUGGAGGGGUA